CUAGUUUAUCUUGUGACCGCGGCAGCCACUUCGUAUUUCGAGCUUGGCGCCUCGUUAUCCACGAUGGGUUUCCUGGCUAUAGCGAUCCUGCUCCUAGCGUUCUUCGCUACCAUCCAGGCCGAGCCGGUGCAUUACAAGGACUGCGGUUCUAGAGUUGGAGUUAUAAAAGAGGUAAAUGUGAACCCAUGCCCCAACCAGCCCUGUGAACUGAAGAAAGGACAGUCCUACAGUGUCAAUGUCACCUUCACUAGCAGUACAGAAUCUGAAAAUAGCACAGCCUUCGUGGAAGGCAUCCUGAUGGGUGUGCCAGUCCCCUUUCCCAUUCCUGAGUCUGAUGGUUGUAAGAGUGGAAUCAACUGCCCCAUCCAAAAAGACAAGACCUAUAGCUACAUGAAUAAACUGCCAGUAAAGACUGAAUACCCCUCUAUAAAACUGGUAGUAAAGUGGCAACUUGUGGAUGACAGACAAAAUUCCUUCUUCUGCUGGGAAAUCCCAAUACAGAUCAAAAGCUAGAGCUAUUUGAUGCUGAUUUGUCUAUGUGGAGGUUCCUCCUCUAUAAGUGCCUCACUGAGUCUGGUGCAUCUGAACAAGAAAUCUGCUGGCUCUGAACAACACCUCCACCUCCAUUGCCUCAACAGUAGUGAUCUGUUCUCUACUGAUAUCCAGAGAUUCAUAGGAGAUGUCAUGUUCUACAGCAGAAAGUCAGCUGUGGAUAACUGGUUCUCUGAUGUCUUUUGUUCUGUCUUAGGUGGUUUUCGUUAAAGGCAACAGUUGGUUACCAGAUAUUUGAUUCUUUUUUUUUUUUUUAACAAUAUUAACUUGUAUCCUCUUUCUGAACCUGGAAAUGAACCUUCGUAUAAAUAAAAACUUGUCAGUCUUGUCUUCUGCA